UGUUUUAAUUUAUUUUUAAUAUUGUGAAUAUGGUGUUUAUUUUAUAUCUCAACUUUAGCAUGAGAGUGAUAAAGAGCGUCGAAAGGACGAUAAUGAAGUCUUUCCGCAUAGAGUUGAUGGUAAAGAUAAUGGUGAUAAAGAAAAGCAAGAAGUGUCUGAUAAAUCUGCGUUUGUUGAUAAUCAGAUAUCAAUGGAGGAUUCAGAUGUCGUUUUUACUGAUUCUGAAUUGGCUAGACUUGACGAGCAACUUGUUUCUAUAUAUAGUACUCGUGAGGCUGAUUUGUGAAUGUAGCUUCAUUUGAAGAUUAUCCGUGCCCUUGUAUGGAUAAUGAGUAUAGCUUGCUAGAUGCUUAUAAAGAUUGUGAAAUCUUCAAUUGGGUUGAACAAGGAUUUAAUAAGAAGCUUCGAAUUUUUACCGGUAGAUAUGGUGUAAUUGAUCCUCCUUUUAAGUUUGCUGGCGAACUUCAAGCGAAGAAGAAAUGGCUGCAUACAUUAAAUUUCGUGGGCUGUGAACUCUCUACAUCUCAUGUUGAUACUGUCUUCCACUAUUUGAGAAAGAAGAGUGUAUUGUUGAAUAUCCGGAAGCCAAAUUUUACAGCUGCAGACUCUAGUUUUGGUCAGGUUUUGGAGGCAGAAUAUCGAUCUUUUCUUGCUACCAGUUCGAAGUCUAUUGAAAUUAACGCCAGUAAUACGAUUCUUGAAUAUUACGUGGGUCAAGGGUGUGGAUACUCAAAGCCAUGGACUGAAAUCGAUGAUCUUCUCAUUCCUAUCAUUGUUACAGAUCCAAAUCAUUGGAUUCUCGCGCGUGUUAACUUUGAAGAUUGUAAGGUUUAUGUUUACAAUUCGAUGAAGAGUCCGACGAUGGAUGCCAUUGUUCACAAUUAUAUGCAAGCUUACAUCCAUUAUCUUCCCAAAUUUCUGAAGAACAUGGACUUUUAUUCAACGAGGACUAGUUCUAGUUCAUUUGCUCUUACUUCAAGUUUGGACAGCAGAUACGAGUCAUUUUCAUAUGAAAAUGUUCCCUAUAUGCCAGUUCAAAGUGACAGCGAUUGUGGUGCGUUUGUCUGUUUAUUUGCGGAGCAUUUCAUAAGUUCUAAGAGAAUUCCUUCUACAUUUUCAUUAAUGGAAAUGGAAACGUACCGUAAUAGGCUUGUUCAAAGCUUGAUUAAGUAUGGGAGGUGGAAGCAAAGUGUGAAUCUUGUAAGUGAUGGUGAAGAAGAAGUGGGACCUCGAAAAGAUUUGAAGGCAUAG